UCGGCUGGAGGAGGCGUCUCUCCCAGCUGUGCUGCGGUGGCUAUUUCCGGAGUAAGAUGGCUGCAGCGCGCGUGCUGGGGGCCUGGAGCCGGAACGCUGGCCGGCUGGUUUGUGUUCGCUAUUUCCAACCAUGUAGUGACAUACAUCUUUUCAAGCCAAAAUGUGUAUGUUUCUUGGGUUAUCCUUCACUCAAGUUCAGACAGCCACAUCAUUCACUGAAAACAGCUCCUGCCCUGCAGGGACAGGUUGUUCAAUUCAAACUCUCAGACAUUGGAGAAGGGAUUCGAGAAGUAACUAUUAAAGAAUGGUAAGUU